UUGAAAUAGGAACGCAGCCAAUUACGUGUCGUGGAAAAAUGUCAAUCAAUGCAUUUUGUGAAUAAGUUUUAUAGUGAUUUUCCAAAACCGGCAAUUAGUUCAUCUAAAAUGAUUACAACGCCUAUUUUAGUUACGAUAUUCUUAACAUUAAUUAGUGGAAUAUUCUCCAAAAGUGUUGAGUUGACAUUUGAACUACCUGAUAGCGCCGUAGAAUGUUUUUAUCAAGAUAUAGAAAAGAAUACUUCAGCAUCGUUAGAAUAUCAAGUUAUAACAGGAGGGCAAUAUGACGUGGAUGUUAAAAUAGAAGGGCCUAAUAAACAAAUCCUUUAUCAACAACAGAAAAUGCAAUAUGAUUCAUUCCAAUUUACUGCACAGCAAACAGGUGUUUACAAGGCCUGCUUUAGCAAUGAAUUUAGUACUUUCUCCCAUAAACUGGUGUAUAUGGAAAUGAAUGUUGGGCCUGAGAAAGCUUUACCAGGGGUAGGAGAACAUGCAACUGUACUCACACAGCUUGAGACUUCAGCAAAUGAUAUUCAUACAGCACUUAACCAAAUUAUUGAUCACCAAACCCACCAUAGACUAAGAGAAGCUCAAAGCAGAAAAAGGGCAGAAGACCUGAACGAAAGAGUAUUCUGGUGGUCAACUGGCGAGACCCUGGCUAUUGUCUGUGUUGCAUUCGCCCAAGUCAUGAUCCUAAAGAACUUCUUUAGUGAUCGACCCACCCUGUACAAUCGAAUGUAGUUAAUUAUUAGAACCAUAAUAUUUAAUAAUAUUAAAAUAUUUUGUGCA